AUGAAUCAACUGCUUAAACUGGAUGGGAUCGUAGUCGAUGGUGAUGUCAAGUUACAGAGGAAAAUGCAGGUGAAAAAAGUGCAAAAGUGUGUUGAGACUCUAGAUGUUUUGAAGAUCAAAAACGCAAAGCCAACAAGCAAUGAAUACCACGAACCUGCACAUUCGCCUACAUCUAUCCAACCACAACAGCAGCCGAAGUAUUCAAAUGGGCACGUGCACCGAUAUUCAAAUGGGAGCGUGUCAUCACCUGUGCAACAGCAACAAGCUCCACAUUCAUUUAUAGAUUCACCAAAACAACAGCAGAAUCAACAACAAUCCAGGCACUCAUCCUCGGGAGAUGUUGUCAUAACUACACAGUGGGAAAUUUUUGAAUCUACACCAGCAACCAUUCCAGUUGCCCCUUCAACAUCCAUGACUACAUCAAGUACAAUCAAGCCAUCACAACCUAGUUCUUAUUGGGAUUUGCUGAGUUAG